UCAAGGCUAGCAAUAGAUUAUGAGUGGGUGUUGUUUAAGAAUUGAAAAAAGUUAAAUUUAUGAGAGAAAACGCAUAAAAAUGACAUUUUCCUAUUGUUCUCACUUGGAGGUUUUUUUUUUUUUUUUUUUUUUUUUUUUUUUUUUUUCUUCGCUGGUAAGUGAUAAGGUAAAGUAAAAUUAAGAUAAAACUUGGAUCAAUUUUCUAAUCAACUUUUAAAUAUUGUAAUACAAGUAUCAGUUUAUCUGUUUAUCCUCUGUUUCUGCUCUUCAUUACAUUCUAUCUACUCUUUCACCCCUUUCUUCUUCACAAUCAAUUCCAGAUGUUAACACAAGAUCUCACCUUCUCCAAAUCCUUAAACCCAUUUUCUCUCUCCUCCCAAAAAUGGAAACACCCUCUUUUCACAAAACCCUUCAACCCAAUUUCUAUCCCCAAAUCCCCUGUUUCUUGUUUCCUUAAACCCUACCAAAACCCUAAACCACCCCCUUCAAUUACCCACCAAAAUUCCGCCACCAAUCGCCGCCUUCUUCCCCACCCACCUUCCGCCGGACGCAGCAAGAAAACCCCCAAAACCGGCCGCAUUGAAGGCAGCGCCGAGCUUCGCCGCGAGGCGAAGCGCAAUGCGCGGCGAAAGUCCCGAAAGUUGGCCGAAAGCCUGUUUUAUAGGCUGAAAAACCCACAUAAAAGUUACCCUGAUAAUUUUUCUGAAGAUGAAUUACAGAUGAUUGGGUUAGGAUAUGAUAGAAUGGUUAGGUUUAUGAGUAAAGAUGAUCCAAGACUUAAGCACCCUUAUGAUUGGUAUAAGUAUGGUGAAUUUGGACCUUAUUCUUGGCGUGGGAUUGUUGUUGGUGACCCGAUUCGUGGAAGAAUGUCUGAUGAGUGUGCCACAAUCAUUGGUGAGGUUAGAGACCAGGAAGAGUGGGAGAAGAUUGAGCAGCAUGAGAUGGCUGAGAGUUUUGGGAAUCGAUUGCGAUCAUUCGAUAUGACUUUGGGUUUACAGAACUAUUGGGUGUUUGUUAGGCACCCGAGAUGGCGGCUUGGUGAUCUGCCGUGGGAGCAGUGGACUUUGGUGUGUGAGGUUGUGCUCGAAGCCGGGGAUCAAAGGUUGGAUAAGUGGAAUUUGAUGGGGAGGUUGGGGAAUAAGACUAGGGCAAUGAUCACUCAAUGUGCAGCUUGGAUGAGGCCUGAUAUAAUCUAUGUUAAGAGACCGGUUUAUCAAUGUCGAUUCGAGCCUCAGGUGAACUUCUUUAGGGCAAUGCUGCCGUUUCUUGACCCGGAAACGGAGAAUGACUAUUUGUUUGAGUUGGAGGAUGAUGAGGGGAGAAUUGAAUUGGUUACUUACUUUGGUGGGUUGUGUAAGAUUGUGAAGGCGAGUCAGAAGGCGUAUGUGGAUGAUGUAGUCAAGGCUUAUGAGAAGUUGAGUGAUGAUAAGAAGUCUAAAUGUUUGGAGUUUUUGUUGACGAAUCAUCCUGUUCAGCUCUUGCAUCCUUGGACUAAGGAAUGGAAGGCCAAGUUGGAGGAGAUGGAGAUGGGAUGUGAUGCUCCUGAUGAUGAUGACGAGGGUGGUAGUUUGAAUCGUCUAAAUGCUAAUUUAGAGUUUAGUGAAUGGAUUGAGGAUGACAAUAAUGAUAACAAUGACAAUGAUGAGGAUGAGGAGGAUGAUUACGACGCAGAUGACAAUGUUGUGGUGAACACAAAUGAGGAGGAGAAUGAGGGAUUGGGAUUGCAAGAAGAUGAUUUAGAUGAUGAAGAGGAUGAGAAUUAUUGGAAAACUGAGUUUGAGAAGGCAAUUAAAGAUAAUAAUGAGAUGGAGAAUUUUGUGAAAAAAAGUGUUGAAAGAACGAGCAAAGUGUAUGAAAGGCAGUUAAAGGCAAUGGAGAAGAGUGAAAGUAGUGGUAGUUACAAGAAUGAUGGCGAUAAUGAUGGCAAGAGCAACGACAGUGACGGUGAGACUUCUAUGCGGGGUAAAAGAGCCAAGGUGAGUCCAGAAGAAUGGAGAACUAUUGGGAUGGGACCUUGGAGGAAGAAGACUAAGAAGAGUAAAAUUCCUCCUGAACUUUUUCUGAGAGCUGCUGUUAGACCUUUUACCUACAGAAAUCUUGUCAAGGAAAUUGUAUUAACAAGGCAUGCGAUUUUAGAUGGCGAAAUCGAACUGGAGAAGUGAACCAUUGUUUUUCACUUUGAAGUUCUGCCUGCACCAUUUUAUGUAAGAGUUCUCCAAGUUCCUUGAAUUUAGUAGUAGUAAACUAUUAGUGUUGUAACCUGUAAGUGCUUUUUUUUUUUUUUUUUUUAAGCAAUCAGAGGUUUGGGAGUUUUCCUUAAAUUUUAAAAAAUUACUAGUUACGAAAAUAGAAGGAUAAUAAAUGAAACUGCUGGCUAUGCCUCUGUUGGAUCUGUACCCUGCGCUAGGCUAGUCAUUUCAGACCAACGUGCCAUGUUAUGCUAACUACAAAAA